UGUAGAUGACGUCACGUCUGGAAGUAGCCAGCCAAAUAGGUAGUCGUCAACUGUUUAGGCGACCAAAGCUUUUUAACUUAGCUAGGUACUACCACUAAUAUGAACCUUGUACUAUCUAACUUACUAGUUGCUGCAAGCUAUUAUCAACUAAACUAGACCAACAAUGUCAUUGGCAGACGAUGUCGGAUGGACAUGGUCCCCGGAGGAGACAAAGGCGCUGAUCUCCGUAUGGUCAGACGAGCAGAUUCUUCUGAAGAUGGAGCAAACGUACAGAAACAAACAUGUUUACAGGGAAAUUUCUGAGCGGCUAAAGGACCUUGGUGUCAAACGAACGUGGAAGCAGUGUCAAAAUAAGAUGAAGGCCUUGAAGUGGAGAUACAGAGAAACACUGAGGAACCCAAGUAGCCGACCGUGCCCAUUCUUUUCUGAACUGCACGAAUUUCUCGCCGCCAUGCCUGAUAUGCCUGAGUCCAAGGAAACUGACGAUGAGGAAGAUAAUGGUCAUCCUCUUCCUCUGUCGUCUCUGCGUCUUUUGGUUCCUCCACUGCGGCUGGUGUCUGCAGCUCUGUGGCAAGUUGUUCAGCGGAGAGACACAAUGGACUACGGGUUGGUGGAGGAGUUUGUAACCACUGUGUUGGAGAUAAUCCCUGAUCUGAUGAGUUACAGAGAGAAAGUCCAACUCAUCAUGGGGCUGCGAGCACAGCUGGUUCUGGAGUUGUGUCGCUCUGAUCAUUCAGCCGACCCAGAGACCAUCCAGCCACACCUGAGCAGGAUGAGGACCUGCAUCAUCACUCAUAGAGAACGGGAGAUAGAUACAGAGGUUGAGGCAUCAGAGUCAAACUUCUUGGAACUUGUCCAAACUCUUCUAGAUGACCCAAUUGAGAGGGAACACUUCUUCCAGGACAUUUUUCCAGAAGAAUUCGGCCCCAUGUAUGACACAGCACUGCAGACUCUGAUGUGGGAGUUCCUCUCCAGGCUGGAGAAGCUGCUUCCAACACCAACAUUUCAACAGACUGCAUCAUGGCUUAGACCUGCCCCCUCUAUGCUGAAGGAGUGUGCACAGUAUGUGACUCAACCUCAGCCUUUGAAGACCCUUCUCCAGCACCACAGAUGCCAUGACCAUUUGUUCACUAAUGCUCAUUCUUCAUUUGCCGAUGAUCGCAUCCUCUCUUCACUGUCUCAAACGCUCUCAGAGAGGGUGGAAAUGGACAUUGAUGAAGCACGCUCACAUAGCCAGUCUAUAGCCACAUGUGCACCCAGAAAUGAAAGGGACACUUUGAUAGAGCAAGGUAAUGCAGAGAAGGAGCGGGGGAUGAGUUUGGACACGGUUAAGAAGGCAGUGGAAAUGAUGGAUAGAAGGACAGAGGAAUGGAGAGAGAACAACUAUGAGGAGAGACUGCAACAUCAGUUGGCUUAUGAUGUUUUACAGGUAGAGAUUGUAGAUGGAGAAGACAUGUCCUCAACGUCAUCGUUGACAGCAGACGAAGUCGGAUGGACCUGCUGGACCCCCGAAGAGACAAAGGCGCUUAUCUCUGUAUGGUCAGAUGAACAGAUUCUUCAUAAAAUGGAGCAAAGUUAUAGAAAAAAACAUGUGUACAGAGAAAUUUCUGAGUGUUUAAAGGAGCUUGGUGUCAAAAAGACGACAAAGCAGUGUCACAAUAAGAUGAAGGCCUUGAAGUGGAGAUACAGAGAAACACUGAGGAACCCAAGUAGCCGACCGUGUCCAUUCUUUUCUGAACUGCACACAUUUCUUGCCGAUAUGCCUGAGUCCAAGGAAACUGGCAAGGUUUCAGAUGGAGAAGUCAUGUCUUCAGAUCAGGAUAAAGGGCCUUCUGUGGAUGUCGAGUUAGUGCAUCUAAAUGAAGAAAUGGUUUCUAGAAAAGUGAAAGACAAGACACUCACCGGAGAUCGAACAGAAGUGAGAAAGAGGGAUGAGGCUUUUUGCAGCCCUCAAAGUGACAGCAAGAUGAAAAUCCCCCCCAAAAAACGUUGUCGCAAACCGAUGGUUGAAGACAUGUCCUCAACAACAUUGGCAGACGGUACACGGGCCUGGACCCUGGAGGGGACGAAAGCACUGAUCUCCAUAUGGUCAAACAAACAGGUUCUUCAGAUGAUGGAGCAAAGUUACAGAAAAAAACAUGCAUACAGUGAAGUUUCAGAGCGGCUAAAGAACCUUGGCAUCAAAAGGACGUGGAAGCAAUGCCAAUCAAAGAUUAAGCACAUGAAGCACAGCUACAGACAAGUACUGAGGAACCCAAGCAGUAGUGGCCGAGCAACCUGUCCAUUCUUUUCUGAACUGCACAAAUUUCUCGCCACCAUGCCUGAUAUGCCUGAGUCCAAUGAAACUGGCAAGGUUUCAGAUGGAGAAGUCAUGUCUUCAGAUCAGGAUGAAGGGCCUUCUGUGGAUGUCGAGUUGGAGCAUCUAAAUGAGGAAAUGGUUUCUAGAAAAGUGAAAGACAAGACACUCACCGGAGAUCGAACAGAAGCGAGAAAGGGGGAUGAAAGUAUCAGCAGAAAGAAACAGGCGGUUGAAGAUAUGUCUGAUUUGGAACUUCAGCCCGUAGUGCUGCUGACCCAACUUGACGACAACGGUUGUGUGACAGGUGGUGCUCCUCGUCCUGUUUCCCAUACCACAGGGCAGUCUUCUAAAAGAAGCAAACGUGCCAAAAUAUGCUCCUUAUGUGGGAAGAGUUUUGUUGAAGCAAAGGAUUUGACAACACACAUGAGAACUCACACUGAGCAGAGCCCUCACCAGUGCACCCAGUGUGGGGAAGGCUUUGAAAAUCAGGACGACUUACAAAAACAUCAGCAGAAUGAGUGUGAUGAGAUGAUGAACCAACAGGAGGCCAAUGAACACCAGCAUGGAAAGGACAGGAUCUCAGGACAGUCCAGUAAUGCAAGUACUGAUCCCAAAACAUGCCAUCUAUGCCAUAAGACUUUUGAAUUUCAAUAUAUGUUGAGAAGGCAUCUUAUUGUAUUUCACAAAGGCAGAAUACUUUUUAAGUGUCCUCUUUGUCUAAAGGGUUUUGCCUUCCUCAGUGCUUUGAAGAAACACCAGAGUAACAAAAGAGGUUGUCCUACAAGUGAAGCCGUCAAAAAAAGGAGGGAGCUAUGGUCAAAAAACCCUUCUGCCCGCAUACUUCCAGGACUUUCCUUAAAUACAAAUAAUUCCAAAACAUGCCCUGUAUGCCAUGCAACUUUUUCACAAACGUCUAGUUUGAAAAGCCACUAUAUUUACCAUCAUGACCCAGACAAAAGCCGCUUUAAGUGUCACCGAUGUUUGAAGGCUUUUGUAUCCCACAGUCAAAUGAAGAGACACCAGCAGAGCAAAAGAGGUUGUCAGUUAGAGAGAGUUCACAAAAAUAGGAGUAAGCCAGCAUGGUCACUGGCUCCUCGGGAAAAUAAAAAUGAGAUUCCUCAGCCUUCCAGUACAGCAACCCAGGAACCAACAACCUCUCAAGUUCCCACCACUACAGCACAGUCCUCUAAUAAAAAGACUAUUCCCAAAGCAUGUCCUAUAUGCCAUAAGACUUUUAAAUUUGAAGCUACCAUGGUAAGGCACAUUGCUUCUCACCAAAAGGAAAGUCUCAACAAGUGCCCUGACAUCUUGAAGUGCACCUUUUGUGAAGAGAUCUUUUCUCAGGGCAUGGACCUGAAGAGCCACUACAGUCGUACUCAUCAAUUUACGGGACCGUUCCCCUGCCCUUCUUGUCAGAAGACUUUUGUUUCAUUAACUGAGCUGCGCUUACAUCAGAGAAAUGAGUCCACUCCUUACCAAUGCUCUGUGUGCCAGCGAUUAUUCAGAACACAGUAUACCCUGACUAUUCACGAGCGAAUUCACACAGGGGAGAAACCGUUCCUCUGCGCUGAGUGUGGGAAGGGUUUCCGGAGUGAAAAACUGCUGCAAUCACACUCUAAGAGUCAUGUUGAGGGAAAACCCCAUUCUUGCUCCACUUGUGGGAAAAGGUUCCAGAGAAGAGAGCUAUUGAAACAACACAUGUUACAUCACAAGGAUGCUGCUUUCGUCUGCCCAGACUGUGGGAAGAAGUUUUUUCAGUUGGUAUGGUUAAGAAGGCAUAUGUUAAUGCACACUGGAGAGAGACCGUUCCUAUGUGACCUCUGCGGGAAGGGUUUCAAAUCUACAGCUGAAUUGAGGAUACACACUCGGACACACACUGGAGAACGGCCAUUCAAGUGCCCAGAAUGUGGCAAAGGUUGUAGGCAGAAGAGUGAGCUGCAGGAGCAUCUGCGGAGGCACACAGGGGAGCGGCCGUAUCCAUGCACCGUGUGUGAUAAAUGCUUUUAUGUCAGCAAAGAUAGAAAACGACAUAUGCUCAUCCAUACUGGAGAGAAGCCCUUCAAAUGUCAAGUAUGUGGCAUGGCUUUCAACCGUAGAACACUUUUGAGGGUACACCAAAAAAACAAGUCAUGUUUAUAUAGCCCCAGAAGUCCCCUACAUUACACUCCCCUACAUUACACAUCAUUGUAAUGUUGAGGAUUUGGGAUUCUUGAUCAGUGUUGGGAUUCGGAAAAGUACAUAUUACUCGUUAUAUUUGAGAAAAGUAAUCUUGUUACGUUACAUAUUACUCGUUAUAACUUUUUUUACGCCAGCCAUUCAGCACCAUGGAGCUCCACUAAAGGCCUACCUGUAUCAUAUGAGCGAAGCCCCACCGAGGCGCUAUCCUAGGUGCUGAAUCCUUCAUUCACAAUUGCCAAUUGAGAGCCUAAUAUUGUCACCCAUCAGACUAUUGUGAUUUCAAUCUGCUCUUUAGGCUACAUCUAUUAUAUGUGUGAAAUUAGUUUCGAUCGGCCAUUAGUCAACUGUCAGGUGAAGGAAGGGCAGUGGGGGGAAAAUACAUCCUCCUAAAACUGCUUAGAACACAAACUCUUGUGAUAUCGAAAUUCUAACAACGUCAGUGUGUUAAAUAGACUUAUUUAGGAAAAGUCACAGACUGAGGUGGUAUGACUUUAUUACAAUGCAUUUUGUGUUGGAUUUGACAUAGUUUGCAUUCACGAUCAGCAGUUUAAUGCGCCGGUUAUUUUAAUUUUGAUGUUGGCAUUGAAGUCCUACUUGUUGUGACAUAUUUAGUGACACGUUUCGUAAAGCUGUUUGUUUAUGGACAAUAGGCCUAGGCGUAUCGAAAUAUAAUUUCGUUUUGAUGAGACAUUUAUCAGACAUUGCAUUUAUCAUUUUGAUUGUUUGUAUGGACAUUUCGUAAUCACACUUUAAAAUAUUGUUUAGGCAUAUGCAUCUUUGUUUAUUAUAAAUGUGUAGGCCUAUAGAUUUCUCAUUUUUCAAGCUUUUCUGGAACUUUGGCUACCAGCUUUGUGCCUUUUGUGCACGACUUCCAGAUGCUACAGUAUUUCAGGAUUGAUGUGUUUCUGGACGAAGAGAGCAAUGCUUGCUGCCUGUGCAGAGUUUGCGUUUUACUAAAAUGUUGUUCUCUUUCUUUUCGAUUAACUCAAAAUAAUGGGAGCAUUUCCACGAGGAAAAGGUUAAGCAGGGUAACAACACAGGUGCCAUGUUUUAAAUGUUCGGCUUUACGAUAGCCUAGGAAACGAGUUAGCCUAGCUGCAACAUUAACUCGGUUAGGCUUUUAAAAUAUAUAUAUAUAUAUAUUUAACACGCAGAGAGAGAUGAUUCUGAAAGUAAGACUCGUUACUUGAAAAAGUAACAAACAAUAUUACAAUAUUUGAAGACCGUAACUCGUUAUAUUACGCUGUUACUCAUAAGUUACCCCCAACACUGGCCUUAAAGAGCAUUAGCUUGAUCUUUUUAUAGCAUUAAUGUUCUGUGUCUUUAUUUAAGGCAGUAUUAUAAUUUUUCCAAGAUAAAUCACUCUGUGCCAGGUGUUGAAAGGGUUUCCUGACUGUGACAAAACUGGACCUGUUCCUUUAUGCCACCCUCUGUAAGAUGUACAUACCAUCAAAGAAUAAUAAGAAGCUAAGAAAAAUAAUUUGGUUAUUGUAACAAAAUAUAAAAAAUGAAUGGGUGAUGUGUGUGACUCUGUGGCAUCACAGUUAAUUUUAAAUUGGUUUUGGCUGUGUUCCAGGACACCUGCAUUGUACAGAUUCAGAUUUAACUCAUUGAUUGGGUUCAUGUAAUGUAACACAACUUAUUGGAUAAUGUUAAACCACCUCUGCAUUCCUUUUUUGGGUACCUAAAUAAAAAUGUAAUAAAGGAU